UGAGCGCGCCUGCGCGGGGCCGCGCUCGAGGCGGCGGUGGCGCUAGGGGCGGGAGCGCGCGCCGGGGAGCGAGGGAGCAAGUGGUCUCGGCGGCGGCCCGGCCCGCGGCUUUGGGUGGCUCGGGCGGCUGGGGCGGGGGGGUGGGGGGGGCCGCCAGGCAGGUGGGGCGCGAAAGCGAUGAAUCUUCGGCUCUUCCUCCUCCUCCUCCGGGACCCGCUCUCCGCCUCCCGCUCCAACGCCCGGAUGAUCUGAGCCGCGAGGGCGCCGAGAGCCGGGGGCCCGGACGCAGCCCGGCUCCUCCCCUCCUCCGCCCCCUCCCCGACCUGACCGGGUCGGCCGCCGCGGUGCUGACCCCCCACCCCCCCCUUCCCGCCCCUUCCCCGGCCGCCGUCGCCUCCGCUGCCUCGGCCGACCAGGGACCUGCCAGCCCGCGGCUGCUCCGGGUGGAGAGGUACAAGACAUAAUGGGAGCAUUUUUAGACAAGCCAAAGAUGGAAAAGCAUAAUGCCCAGGGGCAGGGUAAUGGGUUGCGUUAUGGGCUAAGCAGCAUGCAAGGCUGGCGAGUUGAAAUGGAGGAUGCACAUACAGCUGUGAUCGGUUUGCCAAGUGGACUUGAAACAUGGUCGUUCUUUGCUGUAUAUGAUGGGCAUGCUGGUUCUCAGGUUGCCAAAUACUGCUGUGAGCAUUUGUUAGAUCACAUCACCAAUAACCAGGAUUUUAAAGGAUCUGCAGGAGCUCCUUCUGUGGAAAAUGUAAAGAAUGGAAUCAGAACAGGUUUUCUGGAGAUUGAUGAACACAUGAGAGUUAUGUCAGAGAAGAAACAUGGUGCAGAUAGAAGUGGGUCAACGGCAGUGGGUGUCUUAAUUUCUCCUCAUCAUACUUACUUCAUUAAUUGUGGAGACUCAAGAGGUUUACUCUGUAGGAACAGGAAAGUUCAUUUCUUCACACAAGAUCACAAACCAAGUAAUCCGCUGGAAAAAGAACGAAUUCAGAAUGCAGGUGGUUCUGUAAUGAUUCAGCGUGUAAAUGGCUCUCUGGCUGUCUCACGGGCUCUUGGGGACUUUGAUUACAAAUGUGUUCAUGGAAAAGGUCCUACAGAGCAGCUUGUCUCGCCAGAGCCUGAAGUCUAUGAUAUUGAAAGAUCUGAAGAAGAUGAUCAGUUCAUUAUCCUGGCAUGUGAUGGUAUUUGGGAUGUUAUGGGAAAUGAAGAGCUCUGUGAUUUUGUAAGAUCCAGACUUGAAGUCACUGAUGACCUUGAAAAAGUUUGCAAUGAAGUAGUCGACACUUGUUUGUAUAAGGGAAGUCGAGACAACAUGAGUGUGAUAUUGAUCUGUUUUCCAAAUGCUCCUAAAGUAUCACCGGAAGCAGUGAAGAAGGAGGCAGAGUUGGACAAGUACCUGGAAAGCAGAGUAGAAGAAAUCAUAAAGAAGCAGGGGGAAGGCGUCCCUGACUUAGUCCAUGUGAUGCGCACAUUAGCCAGUGAGAACAUCCCCAGCCUCCCACCAGGGGGUGAAUUGGCAAGCAAGCGGAAUGUAAUUGAAGCCGUUUAUAAUAGACUGAAUCCUUAUAAAAAUGAUGACACUGACUCUGCAUCAGCCGAUGACAUGUGGUAAAACUGCUCAUCUAGCCAUGGAGUUUGCCUUCACCUCCAAAGGAGUGUACAGCUCAGCUUCAUUGAACCUUUUAAAUAUCCAUUCUCAACUUUAAAGAAGGGCAUGUGACCGGUGAGAGUGAUCACACCAGAGAACUUCAGCUUCCCAGAACUGAUUUUUUUUUUUUUGUAAAUUUGAGACUUAUGUAAACGUGAUUUCAAACCAUAAUUCAUGUUGUAAAUCAGACUCCAGCAAUUUUUGUUGUAUGAUUUUGUUUUUUUUGUAAAGUGUAAUUGUCCUUGUACAAAAUGCUCAUAUUUAAUUAUGAACUGCUUUAAAUCACUGUCAAAGUUACAAGAACUAUUUGGCUUGUCGUGUGAUGCAACAGAUAAAUAGCCCUUCAAGUCAUGUGUUCGGACUUGGGUGGGACAGGGAGAGCAGCAGCCAUGUAUGUCAGCAAGACACUCAAAUGUAUUGGUGAUGAUGGAGAAUAAUUCCAAAUAUUUACAAAGCUGAAUAUCCAGAGUUACUAAAAACUAUUUAAUGUUCAUGGCAGUGGGAUUGGCAUUGUUAAUAAAGCUGAUCCCUUCAUUUAACUGUCUUUUAGGUUGUUCUCUCCUUGUUUGCCGUGAGUAUUGCAGGUAAUACAGUAUAUUCAUAAGAAUAUCAAUCUUGGGGCUAGAAUGCCUUGAUACCCUACACCUCCUUUACGAGUUCUUACAUUUAAUUACUAAUUGAUAAGCAGCAGCUUCCUACAGUCUAGUAGGAGACUGCCACAUUUUUGCUAUCAUGAUUGGCUGGGCCUGCUGCUGUUCCUAGUAAGAUAUUCUGAAUUCCAUUUUAUCAAUAAAGCUUGAUUUAACAAACAAGAUAUUUAAUCAUGUAUGUGUAAUUCCUCCUUUUACCCUCCUCCCUUUCAGACACCAUGCCAUUGUAAAUGAGAAGUUUCUCAUGGGGAAAGAUGUUAGUCUCUUUUAAUUGGAAAGUACUGUUAUUCAAGGCAUAGAUGAAAAACUGUUUCCUUCCAUUCAUUACACUGAAAGAUUCAAGUCUCUGUUGUUCUUAAUAUAUAUUUUUUAAAUUGGUUACUUGCUGUUUUUUCAUUAAGAUGUGUAUCAGCUUGAAUUUGCCUACUGUUUACUUAAAAUAGUUGUCAAAGUUGUGACAAUCUAAAACAAUGGUAAGGGUGUAUGUGUGUGUUUUGAGUGUGUGUUUUCCUAUGAUUUUUUAAUUGGCUCAUGUCUUUAGAAUUCAAGUAAUUAAGAUGUAUUUGUGAUUUGAAACGGCAUGUUGAUAAUAUUUAGCUGUUGGCCUUUAAAAUAACUUUCAAAGCUUAAGGAAUUGUAGAUAUAAAAGAACCUAAUUUAAUUUAGGCAUAAAUUCCUCUGAAUAAGCAUGUGAAAGUAAGCUUUUUAAGUCUGUCACAUUGAAAAGACUACUGUUCUGUGCCCAUCUGUAUUUUUUUGUCUUUUUUAGGUUAAAUAUUGUAUUUACCAUCAUGUAAUUUAAUUAUUCACUAGACAGAUUGCCCUCUAGAAAAUUAAGUGUAAGAUUAAAUACAACAUUGAAUACAGAAUCAAAGUUUUGUGUAUAAAAGGUAAUGUAAUCAAUUUUGUUAUAUUUGUUUCUUCCCUAACUUAGAAAUACACAUAUUUGUAUAUAUAGCCUUAAAUCUCAUGUAAAGUUAGGGAAGUAGUAGAAAAAAGUAAUGUGAAAUGUCUCAGAUUUAAGUAGUUACCAGCAAAAUUUUCCAUUAUCCCCUUUAUUUGUGAGGUGACUAAAUGUAACAUAAUUGUAUUUAAUUUAUAUCUUAAUCCAGCAUGAAUGAAGAAAAAACGAGUACUAUUUAUAUUUAGAAAUCCAUAACAGUUGGAAUUACAGAGCUAAUUCCGUAUUUGCAAAUAAAUGCUUAAUGUCUAAACUGUGGUAGAGUGCAAAGUAUGAUAAUGUUCUAAGUUAUAGACAAGCAUCUGAACAUGUAUUUAGUGAAUACCAGUGCUUUUUUAGUAGAUUUAUUACAGAGGUAAUAGUACUGAAAACUAAAUCCCUACUAUAAUAAGCAGGUCCUUAAUUUUUAAGUUGACUGAAAUUUUUAGCCUGGAAGUUUCAAAACCUCGAAUUAGAUUUUGAAAAUCUUGAAUUACAAAACUUAAAUCACAAGUGAAAAAUGUAAUAUGUAAUGGAAAGCUAUAUUUCAAACUAUAACAGCAUAUUUGAAGCCUUUUUUUAAAACUUUUUUAAAGAGAUUAAAAUAUUCCUGUUAUUCAUUCAUACUGAAUUUAGGCUUGGAAAUUAAAGAAAACUGUUAACAGUAUGAUUUAAAAAGACUAAACUUUUUCCACAUGAGUCAGCAUUGCCAUAGUAGGUACAACUUUUCAUUGUAAAAAAAAAAAUAAUAAUACAGCAAGGCAAGUCUUUAUAACCAAUAAAACUCUGUGUUCUUGAUCCUAGGGGUAAUGGUGGUGGUGGGGAACCAGUCACACUGUUAAAAGGCACUUUUGCACUUCUAUUGUGCACUUCAUUUUAUACCACUUAAAUUGUUGACCUCACCCCCUUUUGUGUGCUACUUAGCAUCUCAGGGCAAUGCCUCAACAUUUUUUGAUGUUUGUUAUUUGGAGGGAAGAGUUCUUGUAUGAUGAUACUAUACUAUUCAAAAUAUACAUUCAUUUCAAUGUUUUAAUAGGGAGAAGCUAAUUUGCUGCUUUUAAUAGGAAAUUCAGUUUGUAUAGCAGAUUCUUGUUACCCUAAUAUUAAAAUUUUUCACCAAUCUUAUUUUAGCAAGGUCAGAGAUCUCUUUAGUUUCUACUUUCUUAGGCAUAUGCUUUUAAGAUAACUGAAGCAGUUUUCAACAUUAGCAUUAACUUAAAAAAUCAAAGUGGUAAUCUUAUUUAUCUUUAGAACUAUUUCAAACAUUUUUAAUGAUAAUGCAUUAACUUGCUUAUAGAGUACUAUGCAAUUACUGUACUGCUCCAGCCACUUAAUUUUUUUUACUAACUUUAUAAUAUUAAGAUUAAAGAAUAAGUUAUAUAAUUUAGAUAAUCUGAUUUAUAGUAGUACUUUUAGUGAUUUCACUAUAUAUAUUAAUCCAGAUAAUUUCUCUACUUUUCCAUAUCUGCAAAACAGUGUUCUGGGCAAGGCACCUUGAAACUAAAAUGGCUAGGUUCUUACUCUCAAGUUUACAUUUCAAGUUGAACUUAUGAUCCAGUUUAUGUCGUUAUAACUGAAUUACUUAUCAAAAAUAUUUUUAUUGCUCACCUGUUUACUGUUUGCCCGAUACUUUACUGUGCAAAGCAGGUCUGUGCCCUAAAAGCACUCAUGUAAUUACUUUAUUCACUUUGAAAAUUGUUUUCCUCUAUUCUCCCCAGUUAAAACUAUUAUUCAAAUAAAACUUUGCUCCAUGUAAGAAUAAAAUUGAACUGAUGCAACUUAGGUCUAUUCAGUAUGCUCAAAUUGCCUAUUACAAAUGACCUUUACUCUAACUUCUGACAGCAUCAGUCAAUGAAAUAGGUAAUGAAUAACUUCAAAUUCUCAGCCCUGGAUACAUUAUGUGGAGUUUAGAUAUAGGUAUUUAAACUAGCUCUGUGUGUGUGUGCGUGCGUGCGUGUGUGUGUGUGUGUGUGUAUGAAAAAUAAUUUUCAAAAAGGUGGGAGUGUGACCAUUAUGUGAAGCUUUUGUAAAAAUUUUAAAAAGCGUGUUAUUAAAAACAGGAUACAAUGAUUAUAUGAUGAAAUAAGGUGUAUAUAUAAGACAUUUAGAAGUUCUUUUCUUGAAAAUACUGCCAGUGUUUCUAUCCAGUUUUAGCCAUAUAAUUAUGUUUUACUUUUUUAAAAGUAAGCUCACUGCCCAUCUUUACUGGACAAAUCUGUGUGGGAAUUCAAUUUGCGUUUUCUAGAAGAAUUGAUAAAAUUGGGUACUAGUUCUCUUUUUCCAGUUUGGCAUUUCAUGGCAUAUUAAAAAGUUGAAAGAC